AUGAACCCCCUGCGCCGGCCCCCAGAUCGCCUUUUUCUGGCGCUGCUGGCGUUGCUGGUCGCGGGAGCGGGAGCAAUGCCGGUGCCCUUGGCCGGGCUUUUGGCAAGUUCCCUGCCGCCUGCGGGGGAUCCCCUUCCGCCUGGCCUGGCCCGGCCGGCCGGGGUCGAGUGGAAUCUCCAAUCGUUGGCCCUGGAGCGGCGGCUUGGUUUGCAAGACCAUUGCCGACGUGUGACGGUUGGUUCCGGGCCCCCCAAUGCCCUUCGGUCGUCGGCCCUCGCGCGUGAUGGUAGCACGGGUGCCGGGGCCGAUGGCGCCGCCGACAGUGCGGACCCUUGCAUUGGGGAUCUUGGUGGCCCGGUCCUUGAGGAGGCCCUCUUUCGCCAGGCUACCGAGAUCCAUGCCUUGGUGGAUCUGACCAUGCAGUUCCGCCGGUUCGUCCACGGGUGGUUCCGCGAGUUCGUCUGCCAGCGUCUCGGGCAGUGCCUCGGGCAGCGCCUCGGGCAGCGCCUCGGGCAGCGCCUCGGGCAGCGCCUCGGGCAGUGUCUCGGGCAGUGUCUCGGGCAGUGUCUCGGGCAGCGCCUCGGGCAGUGUCUCUACCAGCACCUCUACCAGCACUUCAGCAAGCACAUCCGCCAGCACCUCUACCAGCACCUCUACCAGCACCUCUGCCAGCACCUCUACCAGCACCUCUACCAGCACCUCUACCAGCACCUCUGCCAGCGUCUCUGCCAGCGUCUCUACCAGCACCUCUGCCAGCGUCUCUACCAGCACCUCUGCCAGCGUCUCUACCAGCACAUCCGCCAGCACAUCCGCCAGCACAUCCGCCAGCACAUCCGCCAGCACCUCCGCCAGCACUUCUGCAAGCACCUCCGCCAGCACUUCUGCAAGUACCUCCGCCAGUGCAUCAUCUGCAAACACCCCGGCGGGGUCAUCUUCCUCGACUCUGCCGACCUUUCAGCCAGCUGGGCCCCUGAGGAGGACGAGUGCUCGGAUGCCAUCGUGGGGGCCGGCCUUUCGGUGGAUCUCCUGGCUGGCCUGAGUGCAGGAUUUCAUCAGUUUGCGAUCGAUCUUUUCCAUCACCCCCAAUCCGGGGCCAUCCCCGGUCGGGUAUCCCUGUGUCGGGCGGCGGCGGCGGCGGCGGCGGCGGCCAGCGGCCCGAGCUCAUGGGCCCAGCUCCUGCUUGACCCCAUGGUUGAUUGGUUCCGCUCGCCACUUCACCGGGCCUCGGUCGCGGGCGGCGCCCCGGCGGCCGGUUCCGCGGUGCCCGGGGCUUCGACCUCCGGGUCAUCGGCCUCCUCUUCGGCCGUGGUGCCUCUGGUGCCCUUUCCCCUGGAUUCCCUGUACGAGCCUCUCUGCGGGGCGGGCUCCUGCUCGCCGGCUCCGGCGGACUUCUUCGGUCGGGACCCCCUCGUGGUGACGGUGGCCAUUCGUCUGCAUCGCCUGGCCGUGGCAGCUGCCUCGGAGUUGGCGGCCGUGUGGACACCCCUGGAAGCGGCCCUGGCCCUGGUGGAGGCCGACAUCUUGGCGGUGCUCACACCGGAGCAGCUGCUCUUCCUGCCAUCGGGGUCUGGCAGCUCGAGCUGGCCGGCACCGGCCGAGCCUCGCCCCGCCGAUAGCGGGGUCCUUGCCAGCCGGCUUGCCGGCAGCCCCGGCGCUUCCAGUGGCAGUGGUGGAGGCAUGCGCUUUGCAUUCAUUCUGGCCCUGGAGGAGGGCGAUGACCAGCCUGAUACCUCGACAUCCGGCUCCCAUCCGAGCUCCGGGUCCGGGUCCGGGUCCAGCCCAGGCUCCGGGUCCAGCCCAGGCUCCGGGUCCAGCCCAGGCUCCGGGUCCAGCCCAGGCUCCGGGUCUGGCCUGCCACCGGUGGAGGGCUCUUCCUCUCCGACAUCCUCCAGCCUCUCGGCAUCAUUGUCAUCGUCCUCCUCCACGUCCUUCCCAUCGCAAUCGAGCUCUUCCGCACAUUCGUCCAUCGACCCGGACCCCCCGACGGGCUCCUCGUCCGUGCCCUCCUCGGCAUCAAGCCCCUCGCUCAGUGCCUCGUCAGGUGCUCCCACCGGUCCGACAGAUGCGUCGAUUGCGUCCGGCGGUGCCCUCAACAUCCGAGCCAGCAUGCUGAGUAGUGCCAUGGGCUCUUCGAGCGUUCCCAGCUCCUCCGGGACGUCCAGCACUGCCGGGUCAUCGAGCGCCUCCACUGUCACCGGGUCUUCCGGCUCUUCCGGCUCUUCUGCCAGUUCUGGCGCAUCGGCAUCCACAAGCACUUCUCAUACCUCCAGCAGCUCGACGCCCUCUUCCGGCGCCCCGAGCUCCUCCGGGGCAUCGAGCUCCUCCGGGGCAUCGAGCUCCUCCGGGGCACCGAGUUCUUCCGGGGCAUCGGGUUCUUCCGGGGCAUCGGGUUCCUCCGACUCACAACCUGGCGACGUGUCCCUGGGACUGGCUCCUGGGUGCUCUUUCCUCCUGGAUGGGCGUGCCACAUUGGCAUGUCUAGGAUCUUCUCCUCCGCCUGUUGCCUCCUGCGUUUCCCUGACCUUGGAUGCUUGGCUGGCCCUGCCGAUGGACCCGGUGACAGGGUGCAGGGUGGCUAGUCCGCCGCCGGUUGGGGGACACCCCCUCCUGGUCGUCCAGUCGCCGGGUGACAGCCGGUCCUUUGGCGCGGAGGAUCUCGCCCUCAUGGCCUCUUGUGGCACGGUGCCGGUGUUGCGAUCGGACUUGCAGGACCUCGAGCCCCUCAGCGGGGGGCUCUUCUGGGGCUGGGCUCCGGGGGAGCCCUCCGUGCCGGCGCAUCUUGUCCCGCCGCCUUCGGCGCCUGGUGCCCCGGGGGACUCCCUGUCGGGCUCCGGCGCUUUGCCCGUGCCGCCGGCUGUUGGCGGCGCCGCGGCAGGCGCCCCGGCUGGCAGCCAACCGGGCUCCGGCCCCCUGGCGGUGGACCCGCCGGAGCCGAGCUGGCUGCAGCGGCGCUGCGCGGCGGUCUUCCUAGACGAGUCGCCCAGACGGGCGGCCCUCCAGUCGCUGCCCUGCUCGCGGAGUCUCCCCUACCUUUGUCGGGCAUCUCUCACCGGGGUGUUUUCCCUGGCGCCGGGCGGACCCCCGAGCGGGGGGCCGGGCCCGCUGGUCGGGCAAUUCCCCCUGCCUCCGACAGCCCCCGAAAUUCCGGCCUUCCCUCUCCAUCUGUCCGGGCCAUUGUCCGGAGUCUCUUCCGGCGGCGAGUUCACCCCGGAGGAGCUUUGGGGCUGGCCCGGCCCCGCGGCCGACACCCUCUGCCCACCCGGGGCCACCUUCGCCACUGUCCAGUCUUUGGAGGACGCGCUGCAGGUGGACGCGCUCCUGCGGGCCAGUGGCCUCCCCGCGGCAUGGAUCCACCUGUCGGCCAUGCACCAUCCACUUUGCUUCUCGUCACAUUUCGCCCCCUGCCCACUGGGGCUGCCCUUUGAGCCGCACAUCCUGGCCACCUACUCGCCCGACGCCGGGGAGGAGUCCAACUCCGGCGGGUCGUCCAGCAGCCGCGAGGCCCCCACCCUGCCGCCGACGUCCGAAGGCUUGAACCCGACCGAGCGCCAGGCCGUCAUCACGGUGUCCAUUGUAGCCGGCCUGGUGAUCCUGGUCUUCUGCGGGGUCUUCGUAUACUACAAGGCCACCGGUGCAGUGCGGUACGUGCGGUGGCGUCGGCGCGAGCGCGUGCGCCGGACUCGCGCCCGUGCCCGUGUCGUCAGCGUGGCCGCCUGAGCCGGGCUCCCCUCUUCCUGACCCCCUGUACACUAAAAAAAAGAAGGGAGGGCUUGGCGCCCCCUCCCCUGCGCAAAAGGAA